AAGGCUCUACUCUGGCCAUGAGAUGACCUUGAGGAUGGAAGCCAACAAUACUUUUGCUUUGGUAUCUGAAGAUACAAAGAAAGAGGUCCAGCGGUCUCAGGAUUUGGAGAAAAGUACUAAUGAAAUUAAAAGGAAAAAUGACAUAGAUUUAAAAGAAAUUGUGUUUGUCAUCCAGAGUCAAAGUAAUUCUUAUCAUGCGAAGAGAGCAGAGAAAUUGAGAAAAAGCAUCUUAAAGCAGGCUGCCAAUCUCACACAGGAACUCCCCAGAGUAGUCCUUAUCCACCAGCUGACAAAGCAGGAAGGUGCUUGGACCAUCCUUCCAUUGUUACCACAUUUUUCUGUAGCAUAUACCAGAAAUUCAUCAUGGAUUUUCUUCUGUGAAGAAGAGACAAGGAUCAAAAUUCCAAAGCUCUUAGAAAUACUCAGGAAAUAUGACUCAUCUAAGGAAUGGUUUUUAGGGAAAGCAUUAUAUGAUGAAGAAUCGACAAUAAUUCACCAUUAUGCCUUUUCUGAAAAUCCUACAGUUUUUAAAUAUCCAGACUUUGCUGCUGGCUGGACCCUUAGCCUUCCACUUGUAAACAAGCUCACCAAGAGGUUAAGGAGCGAAUCCCUGAAAUCUGACUUUACAAUAGAUUUAAAACACGAGGUACGUCAUGUACCCAUUGUAAAGCGGACCUGGGAGGAUGAGGCUCAUCUCAUUGAGUACUACAGUGACUAUGUAGAAAGCUCCAUCCCUACUGUGGAUCUGGGAAUUCCGAAUACAGAUAGAGGUCAUUGUGGAAAAACAUUUGCCAUUUUGGAAAGAUUUUUGAAUAAUAGCCAUGACAAAGUGGCAUGGUUAGUCAUUGUGGAUGAUGAUACCUUAAUAAGUGAGUCCAGUGGAGCUGUGCUCAGCCCUCUCUCUGUCUAUUCUUGCCCCGCCAGCAUGGUCUUCAGCAGAGAAGCCAUCAGAAGACUCCUCGCCAGCAAGUGUCGGUGCUACAGCAAUGAUGCUCCUGACGACAUGGUCCUGGGCAUGUGCUUCAGUGGUCUGGGCAUCCCUGUGACUCACAGCCCACUUUUCCACCAGGCUCGGCCGGUAGAUUACCCGAAGGAUUACCUUUCUCAUCAGAUUCCUAUAUCAUUCCACAAACAUUGGAACAUUGAUCCAGUGAAGGUGUAUCACACGUGGCUGGCACCCAGCAUGGAGGACAAAACCAGGCAGGAGACACAGAAAGCUUCUAAGGAAGAGUUAUAGUCUGAUGGCCCUGGUAUAGAACAUGGAAAGGAACAGCCAUGGAGACCUGAACUGUCCCACUGGGCUGUGCUCAUCAUACUGCUUGCAUAAGCCACUGGGCACUGGACACUUUGUGACAUGAGGUGGAAAUAGUGCAUAGGGUAUUGAUGGGUGAAUAAAAGUACUCUUAGGGGAAACGGAUUUUAUUUUAUUUUUUUUUCUAGGAAAAAAAAUUACUUGUUUUGUGAUGGAUGCCAUUACUGUAACACAAUGUUUACUGUGCAUUUUCUAGGCUGUGAUACAGCAGCUUUAAUGCUGUCAUGGGGAAACAAAUGGUACCCGAAGUCCCUUCCCCGUUCCCUCUCUUCAUGAUGAGUUUCAGUUGGGCAUGAGAGUGGAGAAAUGUGACUGGCUAUCAUUUCCUAUAAAGAAUGAUGACCUUUUUGUUGUGGAUAUUGCCCAUGGUAAUGAACUUUUAUGCCAUAUUAUUGAUAAUGAAAAUUCAUUUCUGGAAACUCAGUCGGAAUGGUACUGUAUUAAGGGUGAUUCAUAAAACAUCAUAAAAGCCUAAAUAUAAAAACUCCCUGUCGUCUAUAUAAUAUGGUUGUUAUAUUUUUAUCUAUUUUUUUGUUGCUUAUGGCCUAUCGAAAGGCCUUUGGCCUGACUCUCCUGUUUCUUUAGAAGUUCAUCUAUGUGCCAUUUCUCUCUAAGCCCCUAUCUUUAAGGCCAGCCAGAAAUGAAGAUCCUCAGUAUUUCAAAGCAAGUCCAUGUGUCUCCCUCAAGUCAGCAGCUUUUGAAGACUCAGGAGGUGAAUUCCACGUAGACCUGCCAUUGUACCUUGUUUCUCUGUGAGACUUUCUCCUCUGGCUCGGCAUAGACAGCUCAGCUCCAGCCAGUACCCAUGACACCCUCUGGGAAGGAUGGCACAGGGACUUGGCAAUAUGUCUGAGUUCUUAAACAGUGACAUUUGAACAUAGUGUUAAAAAUAGCUCUAGUUUGGAAAUCCUAUAUUUAAUAUAUAGUAAUUUAACACAUUCAGUAUUACUCUAUAAAAAGUACUCUAUAUUUUAAUGCUUUUAAUUCUAUUCACGUUUGUAAAGAUAUUUGCAUAAGAUUUCAUUUUAAUAUGUCAUACUAAUUUUGGUACAGUAGAAUACUUUCUUCUUUUUUAAAAAAAAAUGUUCUUCAUUAACUUUGCUUAUAAUGCUUUUUGUAGCCAGGCACAGGGUUUUAAAGCCAUAUCACUGAAAGUACCUGUGUGU